GAGGGAGUGUCCCCUGGUAGAUACUCAAGUCGUAGCAAGAGUCUCAACAACUGAAUGGAAGGACAUAACUUUUCACCACCGUUUUGUUAGUUACUUACAGAAAGGAGUUUGAAGAAUACCAUGAUGUCUCAAGCCCAUCUUCACUCCUUGUGUCUUCUUAUACUUUAUUUGACAACUGGAUACAGCCGAGAGGGGAAGUUUAGUGGACCCCUGAAGCCCAUGACAUUUUCUGUUUUUGAAGGCCAAGAUCAGAAUCAAAUCAUAUUCCAGUUUACGGCCAAUCCUCCUGCUGUGACUUUUGAACUAACUGGAGAGACAGAAGGCAUAUUUCAGAUAGAACCAAAUGGAUAUCUACAUCUCAUCAAAGCCCUGGACAGGGAAACAAAAUCUGUUCACAACUUCCAGGUUUUAGCCCUGGAUGCUCAAGGAGCGAUAGUGGAGGGCCCGGUCCCCAUCACCAUAGAAGUGAAGGACAUCAACGACAAUCGGCCCAUGUUUCACCAGUUCAAGUAUCAAGGCACAGUGAGGCAGAACUCUCGCCCAGGAAAGCCCUUCAUGUACGUCAAUGCCACAGACCUGGAUGAUCCAGCCACUCCCAAUGGUCAGCUUUUUUAUCAAAUUGUUGUCCAGCUUCCCAACGUUGACAAUGUCAUGUACUUUCAGAUCAACAACAAAACAGGAGCCAUCUCACUAACCCGAGAAGGUGCUUGGGAAUUGGAUCCUGCUAAGAAUCCUUCCUACAAUCUGAUGGUCUCAGUGAAAGACAUGGGAGGCCAGAAUGAGAAUUCCUUCAGUGAUACCGCAUCUGUGGAUAUUACAGUGAUGGAGAAUAUUUGGAAAGCACCAGAACCUGUGGAGGUGGUAGAAAACUCGACUGAUCCUCACCCCAUCAAAAUCACGCAGGUGCGGUGGAAUGAUCCAGGUGCACUUUAUUUCUUAGUUGAAAAAGAGAAACUGCCAAGAUUCCCAUUUUCAAUUGACAAGGAAGGAGAUAUUUAUGUGACUCAGCCUUUGGACCGGGAAGAAAAAGAUUCAUAUGUUUUUUAUGCUGUUGCAAAGGAUGAGCAAGGGAACCCACUUUCAUACCCACUGGAAAUUCAUGUCAAGGUUGAAGACAUUAAUGAUAAUCCACCUUCAUGUCCAUCACCCAUGACUGUAUUUGAGGUCCAGGAGAAUGAAAUGCUGGGUAGCAAUAUUGGGACCCUUACUGCCCAUGACUUGGAUAAAGAAAAUACUCUUCACAGUUUUUUAGAGUACAGAAUUGUGGAGCAAACCCCCAAACUUCCCACGGAUGAAAUCUUCUUGAUCCAAUUUGCUACGGGAAUGAUCCAGUUAGCCAAACGGUCCUUGAAGAGGCAAGAAAAUCCUCAGUACAACUUAACAGUAGAAGUGUCUGAUGAAGAUUUCAAGACCCUCUGUUAUGUGCAAAUUAAUGUUAUUGAUAUCAAUGAUCAGAUCCCCAUCUUUGACAAAUCGGAUUAUGGAAACCUGACUCUCGCUGAAGACACAGCCAUUGGGACCAUCAUCUUGAUCAUUCAGGCAACCGACGCGGAUGAGCCACUUACUGGGAGUUCUAAAAUCAUCUAUCGUAUUGUAGAGGGAGACAAUGAGGAACGACUGGGAAUUGACACAGAUCUCCACACCAAUGCCGGAUAUGUCACAAUUAAAAAGUCACUUGAUUUUGAAACAGCAGCUGUUUCCAACAUUGUAGUCAAAGCAGAAAAUCCUGAGCCUCUGGUGUCUGGUGUAACAUACAACGAAAGCUCUUUUGCCAAAUUCACACUUAUUGUGACAGACGUGAAUGAAGCACCUCAAUUUUCCCAACAUACAUUCCAAGCAAACGUCAGCGAGGAUGUGGCUGUAGGCACUAAGCUGGGCCACGUGACUGCCAAGGAUCCAGAAGGUCUUGACAUAAGUUAUUCACUGAGAGGUGACAAAAGAGGAUGGCUUAGAAUUGACCAUGUCACUGGUGAGAUCUUUAGUGUGGCUCCGCUGGACAGGGAAGCUGAAAGUCUAUAUCGGGUACAAGUGGUGGCCACUGAAGUAGGUGGAUCCUCUUUGAGCUCUAUGUCUCAGUUCCACCUGACCCUUACGGAUGUGAAUGACAACCCCCCACGGUUAGCCAAGGAGUACACAGGCCUCUUCUUCUGCCACCCCGUCAGUGCACCCGGAAGUCUCAUUUUUGAGGCCACUGAUGAUGAUCAGAAGCCAUUUCGGGGUCACCACUUUACAUUUUCCCUCGGCAGUGAAAACCUACAAAAUGACUGGGAAGUUUCCAAAAUCAAUGGCACUCAUGCCAAACUCUCCACCAAGCACACAAACUUUGAGGAGAAAGUUUAUGAAAUCUCCAUUCGCAUCAGUGAUGGGGGCCGGCCACCUUUGGAAGGCAUUGUCUCUUUACCAGUUACUUUCUGCACAUGUGUGGAAGGACAUUGUUUCAAGCCAGUAGGUCACCAGGAUGGGAUGCCCACUGUGGGCAUGGCUGUUGGUAUACUGCUGACCACCUUUCUGGUCAUUGGUAUAAUUUUAGCAGUUGUGUUUAUCCGCAUGAAGAAGGAUAAAGGCAAAGAUAAUGUUGAAAAUGCUCAGGGAUCUGAAACCAAACCUCUGAGAAGCUGAAUUUGAAAAGGAAUGUUUGAGUUUAUAUACCAAGCACCAUUUCAAUAACACAACCGUCUAAUCCCAUAAUAGUACUUUUCAACCAACAUGUGCACAAUCAUUUUUUACAGAUAUUCCCUCUUGCCCUUUAAUAUUUUACUAAGAUAUUUCAU